CGCCGCGGCGGACAACCUCCUCUCCUACGUCUAGCGUUCUCUCUUUCCCCCGAUCCGAAACUGAAAGUAAAAUGUUUCUGCACCGGUCCCCGGCGGCGGCGGCGCGGGAACCACGGAGCCAUUCGCGGAGUAACGGUCUCGCCGCGAGCAUCGUCGCGUGCGUCCUCCGCUCCUCCUAGUCGCCGUCGCGUUGACGGCGUGCUGUCCUCGGUGCCCGUGUGAUGUGCACGAUCACGUGCUGCGUGCUGUGACGCGACGCCCCUGCAACACGCGCACGAGCUUACGUUAGGCCGCCCACUGCGGUGACCUGCGCGCGCGCCGCCGGACUUUCCCCGCGGCCACUUGUCACCGGCUCGGACGCAUCUUCAGCGCAUCUCUCUAGCACCUGCGAGUGAUUGGCUCGCUUUAUAUAGCCUUUGCCGGUUGCUUUGUUUUUGCGCUGAUGAACUCGAUAGCAGGAGUGACAAAGAGGGCCCGAUAAGAGUGGAGUCACUCGCGUUUCGUACACCUCUGUCCUUGUUUUUCACGCGACAUCUGCGACCGCUUUAGCGUGCGACCCGUACCACCGCUCAGACCUCGCUGGCCCCCUCGUCGCGAGCCCGCCCUACUGCCAGUUGUCAAGUUAUUUUGAUGUGCGAGAGUGUCCACUGUUUGAUCGGAGUCUACAUCGGACUGUGCUUCUUUUGACCCUAUGGAAAUUUUCGCCUGAACAACUGAAGAUUAUGGCCACGGAAGCGGAAACAUCGCGCCGACUGUCCAGUGCCGAUGAAGACGCGGACUCUUCAGAGGACGAAACCGAAGACAUUGUAAGUGAGUGCACGACCUCCGAAGAUUCGGGUGGCCAUGGCGAUUCGCAUGUUUCCUCAGCCAGACCAGGCGCGGAAGUACAUGCGUCGGACUCGGCGGCAGCCGGCGACACCAAAGUGUUGAGCAGAACUCCCAGCUGCCGCUGCCCUCGAUCGGAGGCGCCGUUUUCCGCCCGGCGGCUAGUUCAGUCCGCUGGCUUGGCGAACGACGAAGUCCCAUGUAUCUGCUGCAGCGUCGAGGACACGGACUCGCUGGGCGAGCUUCAGGUCCAGCAGACUGCUUCGUACGGCAUCAACUCCGUUUCCGUUCAGAGCAGGCUCGAAUCUUCGGUGAUGACGAGCAUAUCUACGGGGCCUGUCACGAGGACUGUCCACGUCACAACGACGGUUUCUAGCGUGUCGCCCGUUGAGACGUUGCGCGGCGGUUUCUCAAGAAGGUGUAUAAAUUCAUUAACAACCGUGUGUGUUCCCCGUCUGGUCGACCGCUUCAGCUGGCAGCCAGUCCGCGUCCACCACGGCAUCGUUCGCCAGCCGAGCAUUCGACGAAGAAGCGGCUCGUCUGUGGCUAAAAGUAAUUUGGCGUCGCAUUGCCUCUCGCACAACAGCAGCAACAGGGCACAGCCUGAAUUGGACUUCACGUCUGAUGAAGGUCGCAAUGCCUGUUCGAAUAAGUCGCUUCGUGUUUGUAACGAGGCAACCGUCACUGUGAAGGAACUGGCUGCUUCUCUGAAAGACCUCGAAGAAGACACCGACGAACCGAUACGCUUCUUCUUCACUGCACCGUCGCCGACACUGGAGCACCCCUUCGUGGUUGGAGCCGCCCAGGCACUGGUGAAAGAGGGACAUUCUGUCACCGAGGCCCCACCACCAUCUGCUAACUCGACUGAAGACGUUUGGAGGUGCUGCAGCAAACGUGAAGACACCAGAGGGUCGCCUAAUAAAUGUGACAGCCCCGUACCGAAAGUACCCGAGCGCCCGACAGACCUUCCGUCCAAAAAGCGCGCCCAGGAUGUCGGCCGGGUGACGACAGAAGUGCUGUCUUCCCUGUACGAGCCCUUCGUCUCAGUCCGUUCCGUUAUUCUUCGUCAAGCGUCCGAAGUUUGCUCCUGCAAAUAUUUCGGCGAUGUUCACCGCUUCAAGAGCCACUUCUUGCUGCCCGUCGCCCAUCUGCUCCGGCUUGUGAAAACAGAGGUGCAACAGAUGAAGGAAAAGACAAUGUGCUCUCCUAGCCCGGAUAUAUUUAGAGCGCGCCCGGAGCCCGGAUCGUGCUGCGACAGCGGCUGCCCUGGCCUGCAGAGCCACCAGGCGUGGCCGCUCUGCUUCAGCCGGCGGGUGGCGAUCCAGCUGUGCGAACUCGACUCCUCAGUGCUUCGACCCGUACCGCGACGACUUGGGUCACCUCUGUAG